UGUAACCGGAAGCGGAAGUGUUUAUGGACGCUGUUGAGAUAUGCUGACAGUGAACGGGACUAUCUGAAAUAAUGAGUUGAAAAUUAAACUUUUGAAGGGUCUGGUUCAAGAAACAACAACAGGAAAAGGGAUGACAGAGUGACUGUACUUGGAAUAUUAAUAAUAAUGGCGGGUCCGGUUCAAACCGGAAGCGUGUACGCGGCGAACGGGCCGCUCUCCUAUACUGACAACCUCAUAGGUACAUUGCUGGCUAUCAUCGGGAAUCUGCUCAUCAGCAUCUCUGUGAACAUACAGAAACAAAGCCAUGUGGUGUUGGCAGGCACUAAGGAUCCGAGGCAGUACUACUGCACAAAGACGUGGUGGUGUGGUCUUGUGCUGCUGCUGUUCGGAGAAGGAUCCCUGUUUGCAUCCUACGCCUUCGCUCCGCUUUCUCUCAUAGCCCCCCUCAGUGCUGUGUCUCUUAUAGCCAGCUGUAUUUUAGGAUUUCUGUAUCUGAGAGAGAAAUGGAAGCCAAAAGAGUUUCUGAAGCGCUAUAUUUUAUCAUUCCUCGGCUGUGCCUUGACUGUAGCAGGCACGUACCUCUUUGUCACAUUCGGGCCAAACUCUCACGAGCAACUGAACGCCGAAAACAUUGUGAAGCAUCUGAUUGGCUGGCCUGUCCUCCUGUACCUGCUACUGGAGAUCAUCACAUUCUGUCUGGUGCUGUAUUUUUACAAACAGCACAAUGCGAACUACCUCGUGCUCAUCCUGCUGCUAGUGGCACUACUGGGCUCUGUGACUGUCAUCACAGUGAAGGCAGUUGCAGGGAUGGUGGUUCUCAGCAUUCAGGGCUCCCUCCAGCUCAGUUAUCCCAUUUUCUACGUCAUGUUCGUCUGCAUGGUGACCACUAUCUUCUUUCAGGCAUCAUUUCUAGCUCAGGCUUCGCAUUUGUACGAUUCGUCCCUCAUCGCCUGUGUUAACUACAUCUUCUCCACUGUGUUUGCUGUUGGUGCAGGAGCCGUCUUUUACCUGGAAUUCAAGCAAGAGGAUGUUCUGCACAUCUGCAUGUUUUUAUUAGGAUGUGCCAUAUGCUUCCUCGGCGUCUUCCUCAUCACCAAAAACAAGAAGAAAGCCAAACCAUUUGAGCCGUACGUGACCAUGGACAUGGUGAAAGGUAUUCCAACGAUCCAUGAAAAAGGCUGGCCUGUUCAGCCGGAUUAUAACGGCUCUUUCUCCUACGGCACCCUCGUGAACAACGACGGCAUGGCACCUGCAACUCUGCCAGUAGUGAAUCAGGACACGUGUGCGUCUCCCAGCACGGGUCACCCGUACCAGACAGACGAGCUUAAAAAAGACUAGUUAGACCUCUGACUCCAGAAACAGGAAUUAAGACCUGAAAUGCUAAAAAAAAUAAAAAUAAAAGCUGACCUUAUUGCUCACUUCAAGCAUUUAGUUCUGUAGGCUACUGACUGACUUGCUGGACUGGAAAAAUGAAUCGGGACAAUUCUGGAAGACUGUGCUGCAAAUUCAAGCUUUGAAAGAAAUUUCCAGAGAUUUGAUGCAAUUCUGGAGCAUCAAACUGUCCGAACUUCAGCUGUUUUUGAAAAAAAGUAAAAACGCAGAUCCAGAAAGACACAAGUCUUCAUUCCAUCCUGCUGUUACUCUUAACCUGUGCUGGUGGUCAGCGUUUGUGUGCGUUUCCACUGUAACAUACUAUAAUAUACUUCACUGUUCUGGCAAUCAGAGCCAAAGAAAACUUGAUCCCUAAUUCAUGAUAACUGACUAUAAUGAAGGUUGUGGUGAGAGUGUAUGAUUGUUAUUUGAUUUUAGAAUACCAUUUGCUCACAUUUCAUAAGGGAGGCCUAUAAGAAACAUAUUUAUUAUAAUAUAAAGAUGCCUUAGAACAAAAAAUUGUAAGUUCUAAUAUUGCCAUUCAUGCCGCAGUAGGUAGCACCGGUUUGACUUGGGUUACUGUCUGUACGGGGUUUUGCAUGUUCUUCUCGUGUGUGUGUCGGUUUCCUCCGGGUUCUACAGUUUCCUCCAAUCCACCAAAAACAUGCCAGUAGGUCAAUUGGUCAUUUGGCGACUCUAAAUUAGCUGUAAGUGUGAACGUGUGUUCGUAGUUCCUUGAGAUGGACUGCUAUCCAGUGUGGUGACAUUUUUCUGGCCCAGAAAUUAGCUCUGCAUCAAGUGUAUACAGAGCUUCUUUUCCCUGAAAGGCAGCUUUAAAGAGCAGGAUGGGGUCGAUUGAGGGGAAGGGGGAAACUCAUCAAGCUUUAUAAAUUAUAUACAGCUCCUUAAAGAGGAAUAAUUCAAUGAUGCUUUAUUCAGUGUAUUUUAGUGGAUUUGACACCACCACGCCUUCAUUCCUUAUCCAAACGCUAUGCAUCCACGUCUACUCGAUGCUGCUAUAGCAUCAGUUUACUCUUGUCAGUAUACUCACAGUCAGUCAUGCGUCUAGAAUAAUGUACCUGGUUCUAGAUCAGCAGCCUGUAGGGAUUUUUUUUGUAACUCCUGUUGUAGAAUUUGCAGUGUAUUGCACAAGGUUGAUUCAGAAUGACAGACGUAUGGGUGUGUGUUGUGAUCAGUAUGUUAGAUUUGAGUGGACGAUCUAACAAGUGUAAUGAUUAGAAUAUAAGGGAAUUUGCACAGAUGUGUAAACAAUCAGCUUUACUCACUCACACUCCAGUGUCUGACUUUUGCAUCCGUCUUUGUUCUUUCUUGAUUUGGGUGUAGAGGCAUGCAGUUUCUCUGUGCUCCAGAGAAUGGCUCUUGGGGUCCAAACUAUAUUUCUGUAUGUCAUAGCAGUAGACAAACUCAGACAUUUUGUUUUUGAUUAAAUUCAAGUGGGUUUAAUGUUGGUUUGAGUUCCUAGUAAUAAACCACAAAGUUGUUGUGGUGACAGUGGAUAUCUCGUCUGCCGAGCUAGUCGUAGACACUGUGAUUAACUAUGUUGCUUACGUAAAGGUCAUGUGGUAUCAGGUCUGUCUUACUUGCAUGUUAGAUUAAUUGUAAAUCAUUUAAAACGACAAACAAUUCUCUAAAACUAGAUAAUUAGCGUGAACUACUUACGAAGCUUUGCUAAUGGAGUACAUUAUGUAAACGUAAAUAGCUAGCUAGAUAAUGGUGCCAUAAAACAAGGUAUUAAAUAUAGCAAGAUGACUUGUUUUACACUGAGUUGUCAUUGGAAUAGCUACAUAACUAGCUAAAUAGCUAUCUAGCUUGGUAGUCAGCUAUUAUUACUGAAUAAGUAUUAAGUAAAAUAAGGUAUUUAGAAAUGUCCAGAAAAUGGAAGCAAUUGUGGAGCAUAAAACUGUCUGAAUUUCAGCUGCUUUUGAAAGCUACUGCAGGACUGUUAAAGUUUUCAUAAUCAACCUAAUCUUAACUCUCAUUAUUUUUAUAUUUAUUAUGAAUCCCAAACAUUUGUCUUCCUGCCAAUGACAUAAGCAUUCACAAAUGUCUUAAUGAAGGUAUAGGUGUGUUAUGAAUGUUUUAUGAAACUCAUUAGCACCAACCUUACACUGAGGUUUGAUCAAUCGAGGAUCUCAGAUCAGAUGUUUUUUCUGAGGUCCCUCAUUGAUCAACAUGCUUUAAAAGCCUUAUACUGUCAUUGGCCUUAGUGCCUCUGGUGAGAGCUUGUGGAGAACACAGUUUACCGUUUAUACCGCUAAUAAUUUAUUUCCAUGUCGUGGUCACUUUAUUUCUGAAGGUAAACUUGUAGCUCUCUUUUGUGAAGGGAAUUUAAUUUAUUGAUUGUUUCUAAUCGUUUGUGUAGAAAGAGUAGAAAGGAUCUUACUUUGUCUUACUUUGCAAUCUGUCUUAAUUUGCAAUUCCAAAGAAAUCAUCACUGUCUGGACCAAAGGGGAAAUGUAAAAGUGGGUAGAAGAUUUAUGUCAGACUGAUGUUUUUCUGGGUAACACUAAUUAAUCUUGGUUCUUAACUGAACACUGAUUUGAUCUGUUGUUGAAGUAAUAAGAAUGCAAACUUGGAAGAACUAUAAAUGGUACUUUUUGAUUUGUGCUUGAUUUCUGCAGUGUGACUGUAAGUGUUCCACUGUUGGGCAUUAAACUCUACGCUGCAUUCCA